UCUAUGUAUCCCAACUUGUGCCAGCAGGGGGAGCCUUUGCCCGCGUGACUCUAAACUCAGACCCCACACGAGCGCGCGCCUCUGUGCGCAGCUGACGAUCAGCUGACUCCGCUCCGGAGGACCAGCUCGCCCACGCUCAGACUGCCGCGUCAGAGCGUGACUCCCCCCGAGCAAGCGACGUGUCCUCGCGGGGAUUUCAGCAGCCGGGGGCGCCGCGCGCUUGUUUGCGUGAAUUCAGCCAGGUUUGCGGAGGGGCAGGAGGAGAAGGAGGAGGAGUAACCCCCCCUCCGGCGCAACACGUCUCCGAGCUGCGGGAGGAAGAGGAGGGGAAGGAAGGCUGUUGGAGCCGUGCGAAGGAGCCAUGAGGAGCGCGUGGAUCGUGCUGACCGUCGCGCUGAGCGUCUUCCUCUGCGGGGACACGAGAGCAGCAGCUCAGGCCUCCUCACAAACGGAUGACCUGUUCCUGGAGGAGCCCGGCUCAGGAGGCUUCUACCCUGAAGAUGACGACGACUUUAACUCUGGAUCUGGCUCAGGUGCCGGAGGAGAGGAGGAGGAGGAGGCGCCGAUGACCACCAGCAUUGUCUUUGAAGAGGCCAAAACAGCUCAGCCCACCCAGACCAUCGGUAAAGACUUCAUUCCAAAAGUAGGCGCCGUCCCAGACAGAGGAGGCUCCCGGAAAGACUUCCCAAGGAAACCCAUCACAACCGAGUCUCCAGUUCCAGUCUCAGAGGACCAGAGAAUCAGUACGACCGGUUCUCCAGGUUCUGGCCCGGAGCCCGUUGAGGUCCACUCAGAGAACCUUUUCCAGAGAACGGAGGUGUUGGCAGCUGUAAUUGCAGGCGGCGUGAUCGGCUUCCUGUUCGCCAUCUUCCUCAUCCUCCUGCUCGUCUACCGCAUGAGGAAGAAGGACGAGGGCAGUUACGACUUGGGGGAGAGGAAGCCCUCCGGCGCGGCUUACCAGAAGGCCCCCACCAAGGAGUUUUAUGCAUAAAGCCCCGCCCAGUUGGCUGAAACAUCGCCAGAGACUGUCCACUAGAGUCCACGAAAAGCCGUGUGAGCACACCAAGCAGCAGCCAAACAUGGCAGAGGUCGAAUGAGAAGCUUUUAGCGUCCUUGCAGAGACUUUUUUCUUCUCUCUUUUUGAAACCAUGACAGCCGGCUCUUGACGAGUUCUGCCGCGGAGCGCUGCUAACCGUAGCAGCACGAAAACGCAAAGUUUGAGUGGAAACGAGCAUCAAUUAACAUCCUUGUUCGCGCUUCGAAGGAGCGUCUUCUGUAGUCCGGACGCCGUUCAUUCAUGCCUUUCAGUAUUUGCUUUAGCGACUCUUCGUCAGCUUCUCACUGUUUUUUGUUCCUUUUACUGUCGUCUACAGAAGGUCGGAAUUCAAAACCCACCAACCUGCAGGUUUGCUUGAGCACAUUUCCUAGUUUUUCACGUUCAGUACAGCUUUCACCUGAAGGGGGCGCUGUUAUUUUUGACCCACACAUGCACAACUCGCUCAAGUUUCCGGACGCUCCUGAAGUUUUCCCAACGCCUGGAGGCCCCUGUUACCAUGCUGAGUGCGAACACCACAGAGUGGCUGCAGCCAGGUCACAUGACUUUUAGACCCCGCCCUCUGCUCUGUAUUAUUAUUUUUUAUUUUUUGUGUGGCUCCAUGGGUUUGCCUGGUUUUGUGCCGCUGCUCUUUCGACAUCCAGAGGUCACGUGGUCAGCCACACCCACUCACACCCAAAGACUGUUUAUUGCCCCGCCCCCACGUGUUUCCUGUAUGUUAGUUUUUAUUCUUUGUUAGCAUAUGAGAUGAUAUUAAAGUAUAUAUAAGUAUA